UGCUGUGUAUGGAGAAUAGCAGCCAGUAACAAGCAGCCAGAGAAAGAUCUGUCCUUCCUCCUUCAUUCCACUUCCACUUUUCUGAUCUACAAUCUGAUCAUCUCUACAGACCAGAUUUCACACUUUUAUAACACUUAUAUCACUUGGAGAAACUCACACAUCCAGGAUGGCAACCAUCACCUGCACACGCUUUACGGAGGAAUACCAGCUGUUUGAGGAACUAGGAAAGGGGGCCUUUUCUGUGGUGCGGAGAUGUGUGAAGGUUCUCUCUGGGCAAGAGUAUGCUGCCAAGAUCAUCAAUACAAAAAAGCUGUCUACUAGGGAUCACCAGAAGCUAGACAGGGAGGCUAGAAUCUGUAGACUGCUGAAACACUCCAAUAUUGUACGGCUACAUGACAGCAUCUCAGAGGAAGGUCAUCAUUACCUCAUCUUUGACUUAGUAACAGGCGGUGAACUAUUUGAAGACAUUGUGGCCAGGGAAUAUUAUAGUGAAGCAGAUGCCAGCCAUUGCAUUCAGCAAAUUCUCGAGGCAGUCCUUCAUUGCCAUCAGAUGGGUGUUGUGCACAGAGACUUAAAGCCAGAGAACCUGCUCUUGGCUUCCAAAUCCAAAGGUGCAGCUGUGAAGUUAGCUGAUUUUGGCCUUGCAAUUGAGAUUGAAGGGGACCAGCAGGCCUGGUUUGGCUUUGCUGGCACACCUGGUUACCUGUCCCCUGAAGUCUUGCGGAAAGACCCUUAUGGAAAAGCUGUUGACCUCUGGGCAUGUGGAGUGAUUCUCUAUAUACUGCUCGUUGGCUACCCACCGUUCUGGGAUGAAGACCAACAUAGACUCUAUCAGCAAAUUAAAGCGGGGGCCUAUGAUUUUCCAUCACCUGAGUGGGACACAGUGACCCCUGAGGCAAAAGAUCUAAUUAAUAAGAUGUUGACUAUGAAUCCAUCCAAACGCAUCACUGCUGCAGAUGCACUAAAGCACCCAUGGAUUUCACAUCGCUCCACUGUUGCAUCUUGCAUGCAUAGACAGGAGACUGUUGAAUGUUUGAAGAAAUUCAAUGCCAGAAGGAAACUCAAGGGUGCUAUUCUCACUACAAUGCUGGUCACAAGGAACUUUUCGGGAGGAAAGAGUGGGGUCAGCAAGAAGACAGAUGGUGUUAAGAAAAGGAAGUCCAGUUCAAGCACCCAGUUAAUGGAGUCAUCUGAGAGUACCAACACCACAAUUGAGGAUGACGACACUAGAGUAAGGAAACAAGAAAUCAUCAAAGUAACUGAGCAGCUUAUUGAAGCCAUCAGCAAUGGAGAUUUUGAGAGUUACACGAAGAUGUGUGAUCCCAGUGUAACAGCAUUUGAGCCCGAAGCCCUGGGAAAUCUGGUGGAGGGGUUGGACUUCCAUCGCUUCUACUUUGAAAACUUGUGGUCAAAGAACAGCAAGCCAGUUCACACCACCAUUCUGAAUCCUCACAUCCAUGUGAUCGGUGACGAGGCUGCCUGCAUUGCCUACAUUCGCAUAACGCAAUACCUUGACAUAAACGGCAUGCCCUGUACUGCCCAAUCAGAGGAGUCACGGAUCUGGCACCGCAAAGAUGGCAAGUGGCAAAUAGUCCAUUUUCAUCGUUCAGGCACUCCCUCUGCCAUCACAAAAUAAGAGUCAGGAUUCAACCUUCAGCUUUAAGGAGAGCAAUACUGCUUUCUGAUCUGAAAGGCAAAAUAUUGUUUUUGUAAACCAUUUUGUCUGCAGUCAGGUAUAUGUUUUAAUAUAUAAUAACUAUUUACAUUAGAAAAUCAAUGGUUAACUCAAUGCAUAAACAUAUUUAUAUAAUGUCAUCUUUAAUUAAACAAAGUGGUGAUAGAAAUGCUAUUUGUAAUAUAUCUGUUGUAGUAAAUUAUCUUAAAUUAUUUGUUUAACUUUUUAAUAUAUUUAAAAAUAUCUUUGUCAUAAUAGCUUGAAAUAUUUUGAUGUCUAAAUUUAUUCAGAGUAUUUGUUGAUUGCAAUGCUUGUAAAGAAAAUAUGAAAAGUAUUACAUAAAUUGUACUUUUUUAUAGGUUAUUUAGUAACUAGAUGAGGUUAAAGUUUGUGGCCAAACUUUAUGAUGGCUUGAGAAAGCCUAGUCUGAGAAUAAUAGAUGGAGCUGCAGUUGGGUCAGCUGAGUUAGUUUGGGCAGAUGGGUUAGUUGGGGCAGAAUGGGGCAGAUGGGGCAUUUAGGCGAGUUAGGGCAUUUGGGGCAGAAUUGGGCCGAUGGGGCAUUUAGGGCAGUUGGGGCAUUUGGGGCAGACGGGGCAUUUUGGGGGGCAUUUGUGGCAGAAUUGGGCAUUUGGGGCAGAUGGGGCAUUUAGGGCAAGAAGGGCAGUUGGGACAGAAUGGGGCAGAUUGGGCAGAUGAUGCAUUUGGGGCAGACGGGGCAGUUGGGACAUUUAUGUUUGUGUGAGUAUGUUUGUGUGUGUAAUAUUGUGUGUGUGUGUGUGUGUGUGUGUGUGCAUGUCUGUGUUUUUGUGACAGUAUGUUAUAUAUAAUUUUGUGUUUGUGUGUGUAAUUGUGUGUCUGUGUGUAGUUGUGUGUCUGUGUGUAGUUGUGUGUGUGUGUGUGUGUGUGUGUGUGUGUGUGUGUGUGUGUGUGUGUGUGUGUGUGUGUGUGUUUUUGUGACAGUAUGUUAUAUAUAAUUUUGUGUUUGUAAUUGUGUGUCUGUGUGUAGUUGUCUGUUUGUGUGUGGUUGUGUGUGGUUGUGUGUCUGUGUGGUUGUGUGUGCGUGUGUGUAGUUGUGUGUGUUUGUGCUAUUGAGUGAGUUUUGUGAGACAGAGAUAGACUGAGAGAAUUUGAGAGAUGAUGUAAUGUAUUUGUAUGAAUGAGAGUUGACAGUUAGAAUUUGAAAAUAAACACUCAGCCUAAACAUUCUAUGAAUGUAAGUCUAUGGGACUUUCUUGGGGGUGUUCGAUCGGACGGGUUAGGAGAACCGUAAGUCUGAUCCCUUAGAAAAGAUAUAGCAACUCAAGUCAGAUCAGACUCAAGGUCUGUGCAAAGUUUGGUGGCUGUAGCUUGAAAGCUCUAGGAGGAGUUAGAGUUAGAAAUUUGUAGCUCUGAAGAAAAAGAAGAAUAAAAAUAAGUUUUCAAGCCAACAUAAUAAAAAGUUUAAGUGCAACAACAGUAUGUUGGCUUUCUCAAGCCAACAUAAUCAGUCAACUCAUAUUAAUAAGAACAAUUUAGCACAUUACGUUAUCAUUAAUGAGUCAAGAAAGAGGGUAGCCAUAUUUCCAAUUUAGGAUCAAAAUGAUCCACAUUUUCACCAUUUUGAUAUUGUAUUAAAGCUAUCUUUGUUUUGGGCUGUUUAACUGUUUUAGUCUUUCACUGUUACAAGCAGAAAAAAAGCUUCUGCUUAGAAUAUAUAUAUUAACACAUCAAUACAUGUUUUACCUUUGCAACUUGUAUGCACAUUUAGGCCUUGUCCACACGGACAUGGGUAUUUUUAAAACCCUGACUUUUUUUACACAGUUCAUCUGUUCUUCCACAUGGAAACGCAGUAUCAGGUCACUGAAACUGCAACCAGCGUUUCUGAAAAUCCUCAGCCUGGCAGGAGUUUUCAAAAAUGUUCAGUGUUGUCGUCUAGACAUUAAAACCGUUUUGUUUUGUUUUUUUGCUUCAGAUUAAGGCUUCUGAUUGGCCAACGUGGCUUUACAAUUAUGGUUAUAUCACCCCCUGAUGGUGUGGCAUGCUCUUGGCAGCGCGUGAUAGCGUGUUUUUGCUUUUUCAUGUAGACGUAGAUUUCUUUUAAACUGAGCAUGUGUGGAGGGGAUUUUUUUUAAACCGCAGAAGGAAAAACUCUGGUUAUAAAAACACCAGUGUCAGUGUGAACUAGGCCUUAGAUUUACCAGAAACACUUUAAUUUGUGCAGUUGGUGAUAUAUUUGUUACCAUGGAUGAAUUAAUUAUGUUCUAAAAAUAUUUGUACUGUUGUAUGAACUGAUUAGAAGUUACCUAUUGUUGCUAAUUGUUAUUAUUGUUAUUACAAAAAGACAAUGUGAUGAUUUUAUGCAUGAUUUUUUAUGGUUUUACUUUUUAUCUAAAAAAGGUGGGUUUAGCACUGUUUGUAUAUAAAUAGUAUCAUACGACAGACUAGAGAAAUCACAGCUAACAUUGACAUGCCAUUAUCAAUAAAUUCCUUUAAGCAUUUUUGACUUCCAAUAUUGAAUACUUAAAGGGAUAGUUCACCCAAAAAAUUGAAUUUUGUCAUCGGUUGUUCAUCCUAAUGUUGUAGGAAUGUCUUUUUGAUGAACACAAAAAAUAUAUAAUGAUAAAUGAUGGUAAGCACACAGCUGAUUGUAACCAUUGAAUUCCUUAGUAGAAAACAAAUACGAUGGAAUUCAAUGGGUAUCAUCAACUGUGUGCUUAUCAUCAUUUGUCAAAAUAUCUCCCUUAUCAUUUAUCACAAUACAUUCAUAAUAUUUGUUCUCCUGCUAUGGAAGUGAAUAGCGAAUCAGAGGUGUGAUUACCAUUAUUUAUCAAUUUAUUACCAUUAUUUAUCCAUUUAUUCUUUUGUGUUCAUCAAAAUAAAAGGUAACACUUUAUUUUGGUAGUCCACUUUAGACAUUUUACUAACUAUAACUUUAGUAACUUUGCAACUACUUAUCAACUACCAAUCUUUAGAGAAUUAGUAGACUGUCUGCUUAACUCUUUCCCCGCCAUUGACGAGUUAUCUCAUCAAUCUGCAAUACCGCUAUUAUCCACCAGGUGGCGCUCUUCCGCAACUUAUAAAAACCGGAAACAGCUGUAUGUCCGUUUAUGUUUUAAAGAUCGCUCUGCAUCUGAUCUCUAUCAAAAGUCCUUCACAAAAAUGGAAUUAUCUCAGCUUUUUGCUCAAAAUUUGGUGUUUUUGAUGAAACCUACCCAUAUUUGAGAGGUGAUAAAAACAGAACACAUGCAGGUAGGAUGAAACCUUUUUUUUUUGAAAGCAGAGGGUCUGUUCUUUUAUUUCAUAUAUUGAAUGUUUAUAUAUUUAAAAAGAAGCAUUUUCUGGAAGGCAUUAAACUUUUGUGAAAAUCAUGAAAAAUGCUGGCGGUGAAAGAGUUAGGCCCAAUCCCAAUUCUAUUUUAUACCCCUCUCCCUUGCCCUUACCCCUACGCCUUCCCCUUGCCCCUUGAAACAGAGUGUCAAGGGGUAGGGCUGAAAAUAUUCCCCUAAGAAAUGGGACACCACUACUAGACCGUUACACGUCAUCAUAAGUCGUUGCUAGCUCCUACGUCAUAGAUGCUCCAAUGUAAUAAUACAAUAAAAUUUAAUAUUACAAGAAAUUAUUAAAAAAAUAUAUGUUGUGGAACUAUCACAAAGUCAAUAACAUUAGCAAACUUUUUUCAUGGCGAUUUUUACAAAUCUUUUUUCUUAGAACAUACAUGAACACAAGAUUAAAGGCAAAAUAAAACAAGUGAUUAUUUGUUAUUAAAAUACUUUUUAAUGUCCAAAAAUACUUAAAUUUAUGGGCCAUAUUGGAAAUGUAUCAUACCCCUUCGUCUGAAGUGUGGUCCUGAAAAAUCUUCGUUUGAAGGGCUAUCUGGCCCUUACCCCUACCCCUUCCCCUUCAGCCAAAAGAGAAUUGAGACACCCCUACCCCUUCACGUGAACGCGCGAAACAAAGGGGAAGGGGAAAGGGGUAAGGGGUAGAAUUGGGAUUGGGCCUUAAUAUCAACUAACAAUUUAUUGUGAUAUCUCACCAAACAUUCAACUGUCUAUAAGUAUCUUUGCAGGUGCCUGUCAACUUAUUCCAGUAACCUAAACCUCUUCCUUAACCCUAACCCUUACAGUCUACAAAUACUCUAAUGACAGUUAGUUGACGUAUAGUUGCAAAUUAUUGAAAGUUAGUUGACAUAUAGUUGCAAAGUUUUUUAUAGUUAGUAGAAUGUCUAAAGUGGACUAUCAAAAUAAAGUGUAACCAAAUAAAAAACUCAUGCAGGUUUAGAACAACACAAGGGUGAGUAAAUGACAGAAUUUUUUUAAUUUUUGGGAGAACAAGUGUUUUAUUAUGUUCACAAAUUUGUUUUAGUUUCUUUACUUGAUAACUUGAGAAAGCCACAUUUAGAAGUGCAAAAAAUGAAGUGCAUGAAAACGUGUUUUAUGUCUUCUAGUAUGAUGUGGAUCAGUGCAAAUGUUGAUGUUCUUUGACAAAUGUAUUUUGUUGAGGCAUGCUGUUUUUAUACAGUUGGGUGAUGUUUUCUUUGUAAAUUGUAUUUUCCACAGUUAAUCUUUUUUUGCAAAAUAAAAGUGCUUCACAAAG